AUGCCCUCGGCUCAAGGCAAAGGCAAAGGCAAGACCGGCAGCUCCGGCCGUGACGCCCGCCGUUCGCGUAGUCGCAACACCACCCCAAUCUCCUCUGUCUCCGGCGUCCACCAGUCUGUCGAGCCCGUCACUACCUCGCCCUCCGGCAUGCAGUCGACCCUGAACCACCUAGGUAGCCCGUCGAGCGUCUUCAUCGAGGAGAUCUUCAACAAUGGCGGCCACAGCGCCGGCAUUCCCUCCCCCGAGGCCCUUCACAGCAUGCUCGAGGAGGUCAAGAAUCGCUUUCUUCCCGCCCAGACCACGCGCAGCGAGGCCAACGAAAAGUUCAUGCGCCAUCUUAUGCAGCGCCGCAAAGCACGGCUCGAGCACCAGCACGCUGAGGAACGCGCCGACCGCGAGGCUGAGGAGCGGAAGCACAAGCUGAAGAAGGCGAAGAAGCGCGAGCCCGACGAGGACCGCCCGUUAGCGGUAGGCGCACACGGUGUAGCUAGGCAGGAUGGCACAGAUGGAAAAGAUGCUUCAUCAACCAUCUCCUCUCCCAUCUCGCAACCUCCCCCUUCCGCUACCGGUGCCGGACACGUUGAUAAUGCAGCAUCUCCGAGCGGCUCUGAAGAUUCACAUCAGCCCGAAAAGGCACCUGCAGUACCGGCGUACCAGACUUUUGGCCCCGAUCCAACCAAAUUCGACGACCCCACCAUCUACCAUAUUCGCGACAUUACCGAGGAUACGCCCGAGGAGCUGAAAAAGGAAAUCCUGGGCGUGGCCCGCUACCCACAGAGCGAGUUGAAAGAACUGACUCCGGGCACACCCCCUGACAAGGAUUUCAGUAAUCCAAAGCCGCAGACACAAGUCAACGCAAGCGUUUUUGCCAACUACGUGGAACCCUACGUAAGACCUUUGACAGAAGAGGACUUGUCUUUCCUAAAAGAACGGGGGGACCGUGUUCUACCGUUUCAAAUGCCCCGGCGUGGGCCGCGGCAUUACAAAGAGAUAUGGGCCGAUGAAGAUGGAGCCAUGGUCGUGGAUCCACCUACGGAAAAACUCCCGCCAAACGAACCUAGGGGCAGCAUGGAUGCGAUGAACGAUGACAUUGCAGAAACUGACGCUGUGGCCCCUGGUCCCUUGGCUUCCCGAUUACUCUCCACCUUGCGAUCUGAAGGCCGCACCUCCUCUGGCGAACCGAAUAGCGCCAUCAACGGUGACAUGGAAGUAGACGGUGAAGGCGGAGAUGCGUCCUCUGCACCCCAGCAACCUGCGACACAUAUGUCCGAAUCGAAUCAAGCAUCGUGGAAGAACGCACCUGCCACAAAGAUUGACUAUGCAACAAUGGAUGAGCGUGCCAUGCAAGAACUGAUACACAUCGGCUUCCUUCCAGCGGAUGAAAAGCCAGACUACGACGGACACUUCGAUGACGAAGUUGCAGCACGCCUACGCUAUCUGCAAGACGAAUUGCGGAAACAGUCGAUUAUCAACGGUGCACGUAAAACGAGACUACUCGAGCUCGCGCAACACCGCAUGGCUCAACAAGAAUACUGCGCCAUUGAGGAUGACCUCAACAACCAACUCAAUGCCGCCUACCUCAAACGUAACCGCAACCUUGGCAAGGGCAAGAAGAACAGUAAGCGGCCCGGCGGUGCUGGUGGUGGUAGUCAUGCCGUGGUGCAGGUUGGUGCGGGCAAUUCGCGCGGGCUCGGCGAGGAGAUUCGCGCGCUUAUGGAAAAGAAAGAACGCUGGACGAAUGUCAUUGGCCCUGUUGUCGACUAUGGCAAGGCAGGAAUACCCGUUGAGAGCAUCUUUGAUGAUGAACUAAUGAAGAAAUACAUGGAGAAGGAGCAAGAAGGCUGGACAGAAGUCGAAGAAUAG